AUGGCCGCUACCGUUGCAAACGAUACCAUCAUCUCUGGCACGGCUUCUCCGACAACCCCGACAUCUCCAGCAUCCGGUGAGAUCCCAAUGGAGCAGCCUCCAAAAUUGAAGGGCCGGAGGAGGCUGUUGCAGAAUCUCCAACGCAUGUCCUCGAGCCCGUCAUUGUUACGACGAACGAGAUCCCUUUCGACUGGGUAUCAAAGGGACCGCAAGGCUUCUUUAUCGUGUGUUUCGUUAUCACCGGCGCAAUGCUGGGGUGAUCCUACUACUUCAUUAUCUGGCGGUCUGGAAACCGCUUCGCCAACAUAUGCUGCGUCUGGAAAUGCACGGAUCCGCGCGAUCAGCGGUUCUCGUAAUGGGUCACAGACGACUGUGCCUCUUCCGGCGGAUUUGAGACCAGCAUCGGCGUCUCGGAACAUGCUGUCUGAGACCUUGGAGGGCGACGCAACUAUUGUCGACGUUCAAGGAAAGACUCGAUACACGAAAAGGACUCUGGACUUUUGGAACGACAUGCCCAAUGAAAUCAAAACAAAGAUACUCGGUUAUUUGACGCCAAAGGAGAUUGUCAGAUGCUCAUUGGUGUCCAAAGCGUGGCAUGAUAUGUGUUUUGAUGGGCAGUUAUGGUACCAAAUCGAUACCUCGGAAUUCUACAGCCAGAUUUCAAGCGGUGCUUUGAUGAAGAUUAUCACGACGGCGGGACCGUUUGUACGAGAUCUCAAUUUACGUGGUUGCGUGCAACUUCGCGAGAAAUGGUUAUUUGAGGGCGAACAGAUUUCUAGUGCUUGCCGGAAUGUGGUCAAUUUCUCGGUCGAGGGCUGUCGAAUCGACAAAAUCUCCCUCAAUGGAUUCUUUUUGCGAAAUACUUCCCUGAAAUAUAUCAAUGUCUCUGGGCUUUCCACCGUCACCAAUUCUGCUAUGAAGAUUAUCGCACAAACAUGUUCUCAAUUGGAGACACUGAACGUGUCAUGGUGCUUGAACAUCGAUACUAAAGGUCUAAAGCGAGUCAUCGAAUCGUGCUCGAAUCUCAGAGACUUGCGUGCUGGAGAGAUCGCGGGCUUCGAUGACGAAAGUAUCAUGGAAUGUCUCUUCGAGAAGAAUACACUGGAGAGACUGGUUCUUCAUCGCACAGAUAUCACAGAUGAAAGCCUCAAAAUGCUCAUAGUUGGCAGAGAUCCUGAAAUUGACGUCUUGACAGACAGACCUAUUGUUCCGCCACGAGUGCUGAGACAUCUGGACAUCCAUCAAUGCACGAACAUAACGGACGCGGGUCUCAGCAGCCUUGCUUAUAAUGUUCCGGCUCUACAAGGUCUUCAGAUCUCUCAAUGUACGGAACUCACAGACGACUCUAUCGUCGAUGUUAUUCAAACUACCCCGAAACUUAGUCACUUUGAUAUGGAAGAUCUCGACAAUGUCACGAACAAUCUAUUGGUUGAGCUUGCCAAAUCACCCUGUUCCGACGUCCUCGAGCACCUCAAUGUUAGCUACUGUGAUAGCAUCGGAGAUAUCGGAAUGCUUCAGGUGUUGAAAAACUGUCGCCAGUUGAGGUCGCUUGAAAUGGACAACACCCGAGUCUCAGAUUUGUGUCUUAUGGAGGCGAGCUCCCUCGUCCGCAAAAGAGGUUACGGAACGGAUUUGCCCAAAGUUGGACUGCGCAUUGUGGUAUUCGACUGCAUCAAUGUGACCUGGGCUGGUGUGCGAGAGGUAUUAUCCAGCAAUGCUUUUAUACCUCGCUCAUUGAAGAAUCAAACUACGGUCACCGUCAAAGAAUCAACAAGCGGAGUUGGUGCAGGUUCACCAUCCUCAUCGACGUCAUCCUCCAGUAGCUUACCCACACCAACCGUUAUCGCCUAUUAUCCCAAGGAAAUCAUCGAACUGAAAUGUUUCCACGGCUGGCAGAUGACUGCCAACGAGCAUACAAAACGUGUUCUUCGCGGAUCUCUUACAUCCGCAAACAACCUUGAUCGAAAAUGGGCAGAUUACAUGAUGGCGACGGAAGAAGCCGGUGCUGGAGGAGCGAAUGCAAGACGACGCAGGCGCCGUGCUCGUGAAGCCGAGAGAUUGUAUCAGUUCGAUGAAGAAGAAGAUUUGAGUCUUGAUGUUUAUGUUGGAGGAAGACGUCGCGCCCGAAGUGGCGGAUGCACAGUGAUGUGA